AUGCCCCACCCAACGCUCAAGCUUACCUACUUUAACGCGCCAGGCCGCGCCGAGCUCACGCGCCUUGCGCUCUUCCUCCACGACAUUCCGUUCGAGGACGAGCGCAUCAGCUACAACGAGUUUAUGGCGCGCAAGCCAUCGCUGCCGUUCCAGCAGCUUCCGACGCUCACUGUCGACGGCGAAGUCUUUGCGCAGUCGCACGGCAUGGCGCGGUAUGUCGGCCACCUCACCGGUCUCUACCCAAUGUCUGAUCCACUGGGCGCCUAUCGCGUUGAUGAAGUCCUCGCCGCGUCCGACGACAUUGUCAACAAACUCAUUCCGUCGCUCUUUGAGCGGGACAUGGAGAAGAAGCUCGCGAUGCGCAAGGCGCUCGCGGCCGAGACGCUGCCGACCUUGUACGCGUGUCUGGAAGCGCGGCUUGUCGCUGCCAACGCCAAGGGCCCGUUUCUCUUGGGCGAGACGCUGUCGCUCGCCGACAUUGAGCUCUUUGUCAUGCGCCUCAGCAUGCGCUCGAGGCACAUGGACGGUAUUCCGACGACGAUCUGCGACAAGUACCCGCGCUGGAACGCGAUCGCGGACGCCGUUGCAGUGCUUCCCAAGGUCCAAGCAUGGUAUGCCCAGCGCCAGUAG